UACAAUGGUACCAUCGCUAAUCUCUAAUUACAACACAUUUUCCAAAAUAGAACAUAUAUUUACAAAUAGUGACUCCCAGAAAGGUAAACUAAGUUCGAAUCCAGGCUUUUAGAAUGGCCAAAGCCAUACCAGAUCGAUGGUUGAACUACAAACCGAUUGGGGAGCGUAUUCCCGGCACCCGCUUCAUAGCCUUCAAGGUGCCGCUGCACCAGCAUGUCAACGCCAAGGUGGAGGAGAGCCUUCGCCUGGCGCCCGAGUCCCUGCUCCAGUCCAUUCCCGAUCUGGGCCUCAUCAUCGAUCUGACCAACACGAACCGAUACUAUCAGCCCAGUUCCCUGACCAACCACGAUGUGCGCCACCAAAAACUGAUGAUCCCCGGGAAACAGACGCCUCCACGUCGGUUGGCAGAGCAAUUUUGCAGUUACGUGGCCGACUUCCUUGCCAACAAUGCAGAUAAUGACAAACUAAUUGGAGUCCACUGCACACACGGAGUAAAUCGAACUGGUUACCUGAUCUGCUACUUCAUGAUCUCCGUAAUGAAGACGUCCCCCGAGGAAGCGAUACAGACGUUUUCUGCUGCCCGUGGCCAUAGGAUCGAGCGCCCGAACUACUUGCAAUCCUUGAAGAAUCUACCGGAUCGAAGUGCGAGUGAGGGGUCUUCUCUUUCCAGAGUCAACGAUAACGAAUAUAACAGCAGACAUCAGCAGACGUCCAGUCACAAUUAUGAAGAUUGGCGCCAGCAAGCAAGAAGUUUCCAAAGUGGCAAUAACUUCAGAUAUUCUCCAUACGGAAAUUCCCAUAAUAACAGCCACAAUUGGAUCAACGGAGAAACGAGAAAUUAUUCGGAUGAGCGAUGCCAACCAAGGAACCACAGACAGGAUAAUCGCAACCCUUAUCAGAACAGCAGAGACAACCGACAGGAUAAUCGAAGCUACUACCAGAACUGCAGGGAUAACAGUUCAGAUUGGCAGGGAUCGAGAAAGCUAUAUGGCUAUGAUCAGGAACAGGACUGGACUGGGAAUAACUUCCGCAGCAAUCGGCAGGAACGUGGAUAUCGAAACGACGUGUAUCAAAACCACAGAUCAGCAGGGUAUCAGCAGAAAUCAAGAGGCUACGACCGGUAUCAAAAUUAUCAGCGAAACUAUACGAACAUCAAUAGCAGACCCCACUUUAACGAAGAGCAUGCAGAGUAGCUGGAUACUUUGCAACUAAAAUUGUAUUUUUGUAGCAAAACGCCAAUUAGAACGUAAUAAAUUUCCAUUGACAUGUUGA